AUGUUCAAGAGAACGCCAGCUCACGAAGACUACCCCGCUUCCGAAGCCUACACUGGUCCAAUUGACGAAACAGCUCGUCAAGGUGAAGUCGAAGGACUGCCACUUGAGCAUCACGUCUCUGUGUACCACUCUGGCCGCAGUGACGUUGAGCCUCACAAACAUGAAGAACCAGUAGUCGAACCAGUCAAAGAGAAAUCAGACAAGAUCGGCAAAAUUGUUGGCAUGUUCAAGAGAACGCCAGCUCACGAAGACUACCCCGCUUCCGUAGCCUACACUGGUCCAAUUGACGAAACAGCUCGUCAAGGUGAAGUCGAAGGACUGCCACUUGAGCAUCACGUCUCUGUGUACCACUCUGGCCGCAGUGACGUCGAACCUCACAAACAUGAAGAACCAGUAGCCGAACCAGUCAAAGAAAAGAGCGACACAAUUGGAAAGAUUGUUGGCAUGUUCAAGAGAACGCCAGCUCACGAAGACUACCCCGCUUCCGAAGCCUACACUGGUCCAAUUGACGAAACAGCUCGUCAAGGUGAAGUCGAAGGACUGCCACUUGAGCAUCACGUCUCUGUGUACCACUCUGGCCGCAGUGACGUCGAACCUCACAAACAUGAAGAACCAGUAGCCGAACCAGUCAAAGAAAAGAGCGACACAAUUGGAAAAAUUGUUGGCAUGUUCAAGAGAACGCCAGCUCACGAUGACUACCCCGCUUCCGAAGCCUACACUGGUCCAAUUGACGAAACAGCUCGUCAAGGUGAAGUCGAAGGACUGCCACUUGAGAAUCACGUCUCUGUGUACCACUCUGGCCGCAGUGACGUUGAGCCUCACAAACAUGAAGAACCAGUAGUCGAACCAGUCAAAGAGAAAUCAGACAAGAUCGGCAAAAUUGUUGGCAUGUUCAAGAGAACGCCAGCUCACGAAGACUACCCCGCUUCCGAAGCCUACACUGGUCCAAUUGACGAAACAGCUCGUCAAGGUGAAGUCGAAGGACUGCCACUUGAGCAUCACGUCUCUGUGUACCACUCUGGCCGCAGUGACGUCGUACCUCACAAACAUGAAGAACCAGUAGUCGAACCAGUCAAAGAGAAAUCAGACAAGAUCGGCAAAAUUGUUGGCAUGUUCAAGAGAACGCCAGCUCACGAAGACUACCCCGCUUCCGUAGCCUACACUGGUCCAAUUGACGAAACAGCUCGUCAAGGUGAAGUCGAAGGACUGCCACUUGAGCAUCACGUCUCUGUGUACCACUCUGGCCGCAGUGACGUUGAGCCUCACAAACAUGAAGAACCAGUAGUCGAACCAGACAAAGAGAAAUCAGAAAAGAUCGGCAAAAUUGUUGGCAUGUUCAAGAGAACGCCAGCUCACGAAGACUACCCCGCUUCCGAAGCCUACACUGGUCCAAUUGACGAAACAGCUCGUCAAAGUGAAGUCGAAGGACUGCCACUUGAGCAUCACGUCUCUGUGUACCACUCUGGCCGCAGCGACGUCGAACCUCACAAACAUGAAGAACCAGUAGCCGAACCAGUCAAAGAAAAAAGCGACACAAUUGGAAAGAUUGUUGGCAUGUUCAAGAGAACGCCAGCUCACGAAGACUACCCCGCUUCCGAAGCCUACACUGGUCCAAUUGACGAAACAGCUCGUCAAGGUGAAGUCGAAGGACUGCCACUUGAGCAUCACGUCUCUGUGUACCACUCUGGCCGCAGUGACGUUGAGCCUCACAAACAUGAAGAACCAGUAGUCGAACCAGACAAAGAGAAAUCAGAAAAGAUCGGCAAAAUUGUUGGCAUGUUCAAGAGAACGCCAGCUCACGAAGACUACCCCGCUUCCGAAGCCUACACUGGUCCAAUUGACGAAACAGCUCGUCAAGGUGAAGUCGAAGGACUGCCACUUGAGCAUCAUGUCUCUGUGUACCACUCUGGCCGCAGUGACGUCGAACCUCGCAAACAUGAAGAAUUAGCAACAAAUACGUCUAAAAAAUCUGCUUACUCGCCAAGUUACAAAUACAGAAUUACUACUAACGAUAAGUUCGCACAGUAUAGCAUUAACAGAGAAGAUGCUUAUAAAGCUAUUUGGGUAAAUCACAUGACUGAACACGAAGCGAUACAACUAAAGCUUAGGUACGAAAGAAGCCCAGUCCACACCUUAAACAAACAGAGAGAAGUCCGUAACUACCCACUAGAAGUGUUCGUGAAGUCUAAAUCAACAAUAUUUGACAACUCUUCAGGAAAAUGCACAUUACGCAUCGAAUCUAGUCCGCAUCCACAUAAAGAAAUAGAACAUAUCGUUCAUACCGUAGUCGUACCGUUCGAAGACCGUCAAUGGCGUGAAGACGGUCAUAUAACUAUUGACCGGUACACAACUGAAACUCCGGUACGAAAAUCAAGAUACAGGGUAAACGACCACCUUGAUCAGAAUGUUUAUGUUGGUAGAAGAGAAAAGUCGAUGCCUUCUUAUUUGGAAAUUUCUGAAGAUAAAAUUGAAGAAAACCGAAAUAAACAAUACAAAUCUACAUACUCCAGUAAGUAUGCAAGUACAAGCCGUUCGUUGUCAGAGUCGCGAAGAGUGACUGGAUGGACUACAAUUACAGAAAAAACGACCAUUUCAUACUCGCGGAGAAUACGGAUGGAAAGAGAAACCGAACACAAGCGGCAAAAUUACACAGAAGAUGUACUGGUUUAUAACUACAAGUCUCCGCAAAGUAGCAGUAAGCACUUUAGUCCAAACACCACUACAUUUUCAACCAGACCCAAUUCUCCAAUAAGCUCAAGUCGUAGAUAUGUACCUCGACAUUCAGAAGUAGAAAAGCGAUAUCAGUCAUACAGAAGCCAAUCUCAGGGACCGCUACAAACUGACCGUUGGAUCCAAACCGACAUUAAUAAUCACUCGCCAUACCAUUUACGAUCAAACAGCGCGUCUUCAAAGCGAACGUACAGGUCGUAUCGUUCUAACUUAUACGACAGAGAAUCUAUUAUUCGUGGAUAUUACCCCGAACGGAACUGGGUAGACCAGAUUGAAUUCCAAGACGUUCGAGGCAAUGAAGGCCGGAUUUCCAAUAUCAAAUACUCAACAAACCUUGAUGAAGUUCCCAUCGUCCGCCUUCUGGACGAACUUUCCUUCAUCGGAGAUGAAAGGCAUGACAUGGAAGUGUUCCCCGCGACCACUCCACGUGUAGUACCAUUGGAAACACGACUACUAGAACCAGGACACCAUCGGCGUUCUCGCGCUGAUGCUCCCAUUCGCCGAACUCGACACCGAAUCCGAAAUUAUUGUGCCAUGUUGUAA